UAGUCCCGAGGCACAUAGGGGCAGAUCUGGGAUUGAGAGGCAGUUGUCAUCGUUGCAAGAAGAAGGGCAAGGAAAGGGCACUCACAGAACACCCCAAGGGAUCCAUCGUUUCGAGCCAAUCGAGCGCGGAGAGCCGGAGGGAGAGGUCCGCGUCCCAAUUCAAGCAUGGAUUCCUGGGUCUAAUGGCAUUGGUUUCUUGGGGAUUGUAGUUCAGCAAGCAUUGAAUUGAAAUCGUGAAAAUAGAGAUGACUUCUCUAAAGAAAUCUGACAAGAAAGCUGUCCUAGAUUUUGCAGCAUGGAGUUUCAAUGUUACUACUUCUGUUGGAAUCAUCAUGGUCAACAAAGCUCUAAUGGCUACAUAUGGAUUUAGUUUUGCCACAACAUUAACUGGGCUUCAUUUUGUGACAACCACCUUGAUGACUAUCGUAUUUCGGUGGUUAGGCCUGAGCCAGCCCUCCCACUUACCGCUGUCGGAUCUGAUUAAAUUUGUGAUCUUUUCAAAUUUGUCAAUUGUUGGGAUGAACGUGAGCUUAAUGUGGAACUCUGUGGGUUUUUAUCAGAUAGCAAAGUUAUGCAUGAUACCUGCAUCAUGUCUUCUGGAGGUUGUCUUUGAUCAUGUACAUUAUUCCCGGGACACAAAGCUGAGCAUAAUGGUUGUGCUUAUAGGUGUUGCAGUCUGUACGGUUACUGAUGUCAGUGUGAAUGCAAGAGGUUUAAUUGCGGCUGUUAUAGCUGUUUGGAGCACAGCUUUGCAACAAUACUACGUUCAUUUUCUCCAAAGGAAGUACUCACUGAACUCAUUCAAUCUCCUGGGCCACACUGCUCCAGCCCAAGCAGGAUCCCUCUUGCUAGUGGGUCCAUUCGUAGAUUUCUUGUUGACAGGCAAAAGGGUGGAUCACUUCAAUUUCUCAUCUCUUGCUCUGUUUUUCCUCACACUCUCAUGCUUCAUUGCCAUUGGCGUUAAUCUGAGCCAAUUCAUCUGCAUUGGGCGGUUUUCUGCUGUAUCCUUCCAAGUCCUGGGCCACAUGAAGACUGUGCUUGUUCUGUCCCUUGGGUUUAUCUUCUUUGGCAAGGAGGGUUUGAAUCUUCAAGUAGUCCUCGGGAUGAUCCUCGCUAUUCUUGGAAUGAUAUGGUAUGGGAACGCAUCAGCUAAACCAGGUGGCAAAGAGCGGCGUAGUGUCCUGCCAGUGAGGUCUGCGAGUCUCAAGGGAAAUUCAGAAGAAAAAAUUGGUGCCGAGAAAUAGUCUUGCUAUCUCACUGCAACAGAGAUUAGCAUUUUUUUUCCCCUGUGAGAUCAAUUUCUGGUGAUGCAAGUAUCACAAAAGUGGAAGGUCUUAUGUUUACAGCAGAAGCUGAACUCACCCCUUCUAGAAACUCAGCAUUGUUAUAGUCACAGGUAUACAGUACAACCUCAUUGUUGGUUCUCCGAAACAUAUGUCGCGAGGGGAAUGACGGUUUUUUGCUAGGCUUCAAGACAGUUUUAUUGAAUAUAGUGUAAUUGUUUGCAAAACAUAGCCUUUUGUAUUUUGGGCGACUUUGUGCUGAGAACCGUCUGAAGUUGUUGACUUGCAGUAACAAAGAUUGAAACUGUAGGUUUUGAACUGUC